GGUUUUUGCAGUGAAAGAGAUAGAUGGAAGAAAAGAGGCACUCGUGAUCGCCGAUCAAUCACAGAAGAUUACUCAGAUCCAGAUGAGGAGCAGCAGUACGGUGAUCACAAAACAAUAUUGGUAACAAAAAAUGAAACAAAGGAAAGCAUAAGUCUUUAUCAAGCCGAUGUUGAUACGGAAAUACAUAAAAUUAAUGUAACAACGCGGAAUCUCACGAUUGUUGAUUUACGUCACUACACUCAGUAUCAAAUAUGGGUCUAUGCAUGUCAAAAUGUAUCAGCUCCUGAUGGUUCAUGCUCACAUCGUCCAGGAUGGCUGAUUGUACGUACGGCUCCAAUUCCGUCAUACGACCUGGUUGACAACAGAACAAUUGAAGUGAUUAAUGCAACGAUAUCGAAGGAUGAUGCGCGAAGCCGUAAGAUAACAUGGAAAGAGCCACUACAGCCAAAUGGCAUCGUCCUGGCCUACCGAGUUACUGUGGUGGCCGAAGAUCAGGCACAGGUAAUUUUGCUUAUCAUUGGUAUCGUUAUCAUCAUCUUAGUAAUUUGUGCAAUUGCGAUCCGUCUUACAUUUAAGAAAAUAAUGGGUGAAAAGAUCCGUGAAAUACACCAACAGAUUUCGGCAAACCCUGAGUAUCUCAGUCAAAUGGAUGUUUACAAACCGGAUGAGUGGGAGCUGAACAGAGCUGACAUUCAUUUGGAAGAAGAAAUUGGCCGAGGUUCAUUUGGACAGGUAUUCCUUGGCUACGGUGACAAUUGCCGCUCGGUUUUGGGCACCGUAUUUGGCGAAUGCGCCGUUAAAACGGUCGCAGAAACGGCAUCCAGCGCUGAGCGUCUCCACUUUCUUGUCGAAGCUAGCGUGAUGAAACAGUUCGACACGUCAUUCAUCGUGAAACUUUAUGGUGUCGUUUCGGAUGGACAGCCUGUGCUGGUGGUAAUGGAACUGAUGAAAAAGGUAAUUUUGCUUAUCAUUGGUGUCGUUAUCAUCAUCUUAGUAAUUUGUGCAAUUGCGAUCCGUCUUACAUUUAAGAAAAUAAUGGGUGAAAAGAUCCGUGAAAUACACCAACAAAUUUCGGCAAAUCCUGAAUAUCUCAGUCAAAUGGAUGUUUACAAACCGGAUGAGUGGGAGCUGAACAGAGCUGACAUUCAUUUGGAAGAAGAGAUUGGCCGAGGUUCAUUUGGACAGGUAUUCCUUGGUUACGGUGAGAAUUGUCGUUCGGUUUUGGGCGCCGUAUUUGGCGAAUGCGCCGUUAAAACGGUUGCAGAAACGGCAUCCAGCGCGGAGCGUCUCCACUUUCUUGUCGAAGCUAGCGUGAUGAAACAGUUCGACACGUCAUUCAUCGGUAAUUUACGCGAUUAUCUGCGAUCACGACGGCCAGAAUGUGAUGAAAACAUAGACAAUUUGCCGAUACCAUCAGAAGGCGAUUAUAUUCGUUGGGCAUCUCAAAUUGCUGAUGGAAUGGGAUAUUUGGAAGCGCUAAAAUUCUGUCAUCCUGAUAUGCUUGUAUCCGGUGAGCUUUACGUUCGAAGAGUUAACUGCUUGAAAGCAUUUGUGAAUGAAUUUGAUACAGUGAAAAUUGGUGAUUUCGGUAUGGCAAGAGAUGUCUAUUAUCAUGAGUACUACCGACCUGGAGGGCGACGACUUAUGCCAGUGCGUUGGUUGGCGCCGGAAUCAUUGUUGGAUGGUAAAUUUACCCUGAAAUCUGAUGUUUGGUCAUAUGGAAUCGUUCUUUAUGAGAUGCUUACCCUGGCACAGCAACCGUACAAAGGCAUAGCAAAUGAUGAAGUUUUUGAUUAUAUUGGUGUCCAGAAACGAAUUAUGGCAAAACCAACUGAAUGUCCUGAUUUUUGGUACGAUCUGAUGGCACGAUGCUGGAAAUUUAAUGCACGUGAUCGUCCAACAUUUGCACAAAUUGUUUUCAUCCUACAGAGGCAUGCCGAAGAAGUGGGAUUUCAUGACGAGGAAUUCCAGGAGUGCAAUAAAAGUUUGUAG